CGUCGAGGCACCAAGGCCCUGGAGCUGUGGGCUAGACGGGCCACGGAUGGCUACCAGGGGGUCAGCAUCUCUAACAUGACAACAGCCUGGCGCAAUGGUCUCGCCUUCUGCGCCCUCAUACAUCGCUUCAGACCAGACCUCAUUGAAUUCUCCUCGCUGAAGCCAGAGAACAUCUUGGAGAACAAUGCUCUGGCGUUCCGUGUAGCUGAGCAGCAUUUCAUCCCCGCCCUCCUGGACGCUGAGGACAUGGUGGAUAAUGUAGUACCUGAUCGACUCUCUGUUUUAACCUAUGUGUCACAGUAUUACCGAACCUUUGCUGCCAUGGGCCUGACUCUCCCUAAGCGGGUGGUGAACAACGCCGCUCCACAGUCCACGACAACAGUCAAGUCCAAGAGUACUCCUCCACCACAGCACAAGACCAUGACAGAGCUCAAGACAGAUAAGGUGUUGGCAGGUGGGCGAGUUCGUCGUGAGGUGUGCGCUGGAUGUAACAACCCGGUGUUCUUGGCAGAGCGUCUCUUGGUAGGCUCUCCGGGUCAGCUGAUGCACCGGACGUGUUUCCGAUGCGCCCGGUGCGACACCCAGCUGACCCUGGCGAGCUACUACGAGACCGAAAAAGGACAGUUUUGCUGCGAGACCUGUCCCGACGAAGAACACGAACCGUCGCCUCAAGUUGUCGACGCCACCAGCACCCCCUCCAGUAAACACAAGCGACGAUCAUCUGCCUCUGACACAGACUCUGACUCUGACUCAAACAGUGAAGACUCUGAGGAAGAAAGUGACACCUACAGCCAUGAUGCCGAGACAUUGUUGGAGGACCAGACCCACCGUACACACACCACAUUAACACAUUCUCCAAGACCUCUUAAGCCUCGAACUGUCUUCCUUUCACAGACCUUAGAGGCUCCCGACGUAAAACAGGACUCCAACCUCGACGCAGACGACGUAAAGACGAGCAACAGAUUCAGUCAUUUCUCUCAAGUUUCCUCUGCUCUGUUUGGAUCAAGAGAGAGAGAGUCCAGAGUGGCAGCCACCGGGUACUCUAACCAACACCAUUGUGAUGAAGCCAAAGGUAUGAAAACAAACCCACCUGAAACACUAACACUGGACACAGGGCAACACCAAACAACUCCUAGGAUUUCUAAUGGUGCAAUCAAGACCUCCUCUUCUAUUGUUGCCCAGCGGUUGAAAAUGUUUAGGGAAAUUUCCGAUAAUACUGUUGCUUCGGAUAAGAAGAUUACUAACAAAAUUGAUGGAAAAAGUGGAACAAGACAAAAUUAUUUACUGUUAGAUAAAAAGAAGGAAACUAUUUGUGUUACUAAAGAUGAAGUCCAAACUGAUGCUGUGGACCCAGACAAGGAUCAAAACAGUAAGGAUAUUACCAGUAAGGUUGUUUAUGUAGAUACUGUGCCUAGUGUUAAUGAAGAAAAUAACGACAAAAUAGUUGAUUCAUUAGAAAAAACCGAAAAAACAAACGAUAAUAGUGAAAAAGUAGAUGAAAAUGUCAAAGAUAUAUCUCCCAUGCCUUCCAUAGCCAUCACUACAGAAAAACAAGAAGUCAUUCCUUACGAAGAACCGAACAGAGAAGACGACGACACCGAGAACUUCCAAUUUGACUCAAAAACCGAGAACUCUGAAGAAUUACCACCAGAGACAGAUGCCCUCGAGGAUUGUAACCCAUUUGAAGAUGAAGCCGAUUCUCAGCAGGACGAGAGUGGGGUGGCAGUGAGUCAGUCCGAGGGCAGCAGCGAGACCGAUAACAACAACGUCACGUGUGUCUCUCAGGACAGCGGCGGCGAUUUCUCUUCCCCUUCCUUACAGUCCAUCCAUUAUCCUCAAGAUUUGAAUCCCUUUGGAAGUGACGAUGAGGCUCAGAAGGAAGACGCCACAACCCACGACGCAGUUAAGACCGAGAUAUGUGAACCUCGGAGCGACGAUAACCAGAAAAUAGCCAGGAAACUUAUCAAGGUGAACAUGAAUCCCUUUGACAGUGAUGAUGAUGAUGAUGAAUUUGGAAAAGAGUUGGAAAAAGAGAAAGAUGAAAAGAAAGACUCAAAGAAUCUGAAUCCCUUCUGGAGCGACGAUGAAGAUCUUGCCGAUGAGAGCGUAGAAGAUACACCAAAGAAGGCCAGGGUGAAGCCUCCCAGACCACCUCCACCAACCUUGGCCAGAAACAGCAACCCCUCCCAGAUGUAUCCUGGCAGUCCAGAUAAAAUACAGCUGAGCCCUGCUUCACUAGGUGGUUCUGCCACACGUAAGAAGAUUAUUGCCCCACCACUAUCAACCAGUAUAAGAGAGCUUUUUCCCCCCACAUCACCCCCAGCUCAGCCUCACCCAUCACCAUCCCUCUCUCCACCUACACUGCAUCCCUCUCCCUCCUCUCCCAGUGGCUCUUUGGCCCUUAAGAGGAAGGGUCGACGGGCUCCUGCUCCUCCACAGGUUGCUACUCCCAAAAGUGGCAGGGCAUCCCCUACUGAUUCCACUGCAGACACCCUGAGUAUGGACACCAUGUCUCUCUCUAGUAUUGGUACUCAGAGUCAGGAGAAGCAAGUCCAAGAGGAAGACCAGGAUGAGGUGCUGAGUUGGAAAAUGCAGAAGGACAUGAAAAACCACUCGAACAAGAUGAAUGGCACCACAGAUCAACGGGUGCCACCGCCCAAACCCUCUCGGGCUUUCCAAGCUUCCCAAAAUCUGACCCCUGUGACAGGCAUUCUCAGACGACCAUCUAUGAGUAAGAGCGAGGCAGGUGAAUGGCAGCGCAAGAAGGGUCCGGCCCCUCCCAGACCAGUGCCACAGAAGCGAGCCCUCAAGAAGCUUCCCAUGCGAAUUAUUCAACAGGAACUUCAAGAUAUUGAAAUCAAACAAACUGAACUUGAAAGACAAGGCGUCUUGUUGGAAACCUCUAUUCGCUCUCGAACAGAAAAUACACCAAACAACUCGGUGGAGGAUGCAACCACCCCCAGUAGUGGUCCAAACAGCAUAGAGGUAGAAGAUAUGAUACUACAGCUGUUUGAGCUUGUUAAUGAGAAAAAUGAGUUGUUCAGACGUCAAACUGAGCUCAUGUACCUCAAGCGUGAAAAACGUUUAGAGGAGGAAUACGUUGAACUGGAAUAUCAGAUUCGGUGUCUAAUGCUUAAACCGCCCUCUGAGAAGACCGAGACAGACACUACCCAAGAGGAAGAACUGAUAGCACGGCUGGUGAAGGUCGUGGAGCAGCGCGAUGAGAUCAUCAACUGCUUGGAGCUCGACAGGUUACGAGAGGCACAGGAGGACGAGAGCAUUGCCACUCAUAUGAUGCAGUACCAAGAAAAACAUAUUGAUGGUAUUGAGAAUGGUAGCAGUUUACAAGUCUCUCCCAAGAAGAAGAAGACACUCAAGUUACCUAAGAAGAAGAAGAAGAAAGAAAAGAAAGAUAAAAAGGACACAAAGGCUGAUGCUGACAAGGACAUAGAUGAAACUGAAACAACAGAGGUGAAGAAGAAAAAGAAGAAGAAGAAAUGGCUGUUCUAACAUUCCUGGAGUUGCCGGGAAACAAACUUACUGCUGAGAAUAACUUGAAAGUAACAAAUAAUUUUGAAAAGAAUAAUUUACUUAGGAUAGAUUUCUUUUGAUAUUACAAUCUUUCAUCAUCAAGUUGAGUUCUUAUUGGUUAAAACAUGUUCAGUAGUGACAAUGAAACUUAACUCUCUCGACUGUGGACAAAUUUGGGUCGUGUUAUCACUUAAACUUCCAUCGGGAUCCAUCAUUUAUUGCUGGCCAACCAGAUUCUUCCAGAAAAGUUUAGGCAUUCCAAGUUAUCUCAGAGGAAUUGAGAUAAUUUAUUAGAAUUCUUUUGUCUUCAGAUAUUCUUCAUAUAAGGAUUAUAUUGGCUGUAACACAAGACUUAAAUGUGAUAAAUUUAAAAAAAAGUCUCAAAUAUUUUGGAUGUAAGAUUCCUUUUGAGCCAUUUUGAAAGACAAGAUGUUGAAUUGGUUUCUUAUUUUGUAGAUCUUUUAAACUGAAUUGCUCAUAGAUUUUAUAGUACUGUAGUCAAAUAGGUUUUAGUAAUCUGUACAUAAUUUUUAAAUUAUGAGAAUUGAGGUCAGUUUGAAACUGUACAACAUUAAUUUCUCAAUUAGGAAGAAUAAACUUUUAAUAACUAUUGAAGAUCUGAAAUUGUGAGAGGCAGAGCCCAUUACUGCCUUCCUUUCUCUUAGUAACUUAAGAGGUAUGGUCCCUGCACAUAGCAUUUACAUUAAUACCAAUGAUUUCAUCUUAUAAAUUUGGAACUUUUAGGUAAUUUCAUUAAUGGCUGAUUUGACUGUAUUUCUGAGCAUUUGUAGUUAAUUCUAUUGCUAAUUUAAUUGUCAGCAUAUAAAGGUAAUAGUAAUCCUGAGCCUGAUUGUGGGAAGACGAAGAGAAAAUUUAAUUUACUUACACUGUAGAUUCCAAGAUGAUAAUAUACCUGUACAUUUGACAGUACCAACAUGCUUACUAGUUAACUCAGGUACUGUCAUUCUUCUUGCUUCUCCUGUAUGUGAUAGGGGAAUAUUCUUCUGUAAAAAUGUAAACAAGUUCUCUACCACAUGACAUUUAUACAUUUAUAUGGUGUUGUUUAUUACUGGUUGUGGAGAUACAUCAUUAUUAAUAAGCAGUUAUUGGUCGUAUGAUUUAGCUUUGUAUAAUUUAAAAAGUUAAAUAAAAAAUGUCUGGAGCAAGAUAAGGACAAUUGAUACCAACUAAUUAUGAAAUGAGUUUGAUGCAUCGGUGGUGGAUUUCUCUUCGUAUAGAGAGUUUUGCCUAUGUUCAGUAAAAUAUAUUUAAUUACAAAUGUAGAGAAAUGCAUUAUAAUUUGUUAAAUCAUUAUACAUAUUUAUUCUUGAAUCAUGACUUGUCUGCUGUUUACAACAUCUAGUGUACAACUUCCUUCACAAUGUUGAGCUUCCAAUAAUACUGUAUAGUGUUUGGUUGAUUCUUUUCCAUCCAUAAAUCCUAGCCCUGUGUUCAUCCAUUCCAUAAACAAUUGUUAUUAAUACUAUUUUAUACCUUUUAUACCCUACCUUCAUCUACGGAUAAGAGAUUUUCUAUUUAAUUGUUAAAUAAAGAUUCCACUACUAAACAUGUUCACUAUGUAGCAUAUUUAUUCACAAAGACAAAGUUUAACUUUUUUUGGUAUACUGUAGUGGAAUGUUAGGUCACAUUGAUUGUGGUGCAAUUACCUUAUACAAUGUAACUUAUUUAUAAUGCUUUAUGCACUAGAAAAUUAUUUUAUAGUAACCUUAUAGCUUAUGAUCAGUGCACAUUCUCAAUGAAUGUGAAAGUUAGUUCACUGCAAACACAAGUACCUAGUGUCUAAAAUUUUAAGUGCAAUAGUAUCACCAGUUCAUGAGAAUGCAGCACAUAAUUAGGCUCGUACGUAAUGAGUCUCCAUAUCCCGCAUAAUACAUUGUUCUUAUCAGCUACAGGGGAUGUUUAUGUAUAAAGAAGCCCUUUUUUUAUAGUAACUGGUUUAAGUUAGUGAAUAAAGAUUUAAUUUGGUAGAA